UUGCAUUGCAAUGUUUUUUUUGUACGGAUAAUCAGUGACGAAGAUGGGAAAGUUAACUGUUGACCUAAUUGCUAAAGCCUCGAGCAAUGCAAGGAAGAAAAGAGAUGAGUCCCUCAACCACUAUCUAAAACGUUUAACUCAUCUUUAUUUUGCUGAAAAGAAAAUUGAUGGCAUUGAUGAUUUAUCACAGUGUCGGAACCUAUCGGUACUAUAUCUAUAUGACAAUAACAUCUCACAGAUCACCAACCUUGGAUUUGCUACAAAUCUUACUCAUCUCUACUUGCAAAACAAUGCCAUACAAAAGAUAGAAAAUCUUAGCAUGCUGACUAAGUUGUCGAAGUUAUAUCUAGGUGGAAACUAUAUAACAGUAUUAGAAGGUCUUGAUAAACUUGACCAAUUACGGGAGCUGCAUAUAGAAAACCAACAGUUACCCCCUGGAGAAAGGCUAUUGUUUGACCCCAGGUCACUAGCAACAUUAUCGGUAAGCAUCUGCUUAAUUCUGUUCUUUCUUUCAAAGGUACAAGGACAUGCAUAGCUAUGUAUGGUUUA